AUGUUGCGAGUUGGAUCGUGGCUGUAUAGCAAAAAGCCGGCGCAGUCUGUGGACUCGUCGGUCGAGUUGAAAGACUUGGUGCAUGCGAUGAAUGCGGCAACACUGAUUCUCAACGACGAUGUUGAUGGCGCAGAGAGUGGUCUUUCUACGGGUUCUUCGACCUUUCAUACUCUGGGAAAAGGCGUGGUUGCCUUCGUUCGGGCAACAUUGGGAUUCGAACAGGAGAUUAUGCGACAAGCAUCCGAUCGUCUCUACGAAGCGGAAACCAGCGCGGCCAGCAACCAAACCCGGGCUCAGCAUAACGCUCAAGCGUCCAAUGCAUUUCACUCCGAAAUAUAUGCCGCUGGCACCGAAUAUGCGCUAUGCCAAGCAAUCGCGCAAUUGAUGAGUGCGGUGGUUGGGGUGCUGAACGAAAGCCUGACAGAAAGUAUCAAGGCGUUCUAUCGGUUGAGAAAGGCUUACAUCACGCUGGACGCCAUCAUGAAGAUGGAAGAAAAGUUCAUGGAGCAGAGAGACUCGAAUAAAGUUCUACUGCCAACUGUGGGGGAGCUUUCAAGUUCGAGCGCUGCAUGUUCAGACACGUCUAGCCUUUCGUCAAAACGAGGCCCAAAAUCAGCCACCGCCGAACACGCGGAUCUCAAUUCGUCACUAAAAGGGUUGGCCAUCUCUUGCCAGGAAGAUUCCCCGGUUCCUUCGGGCACUUCAACGCCUUCCGCCAAGCAUAUUCAUCAUGACCCCGACUCGGACAUCUUCAAAAAUGAGAUCGAUGUCUUUGUGCACUCCGGUGCCAACUUCUGCUUUGGUAUUCUCCUCCUACUAAUUUCCAUGGUUCCUCCGGCAUUCAGCAAGCUUCUUUCCAUCAUUGGCUUCCAUGGGGACAAACAACGAGGUCUGAGGAUGCUCUGGCAAGCUAGCAAGUUUCACAAUCUCAUCGGUGCCAUGGCUGCUCUCGCACUUCUAGGAUAUUACAACGGUUUCGUUCGCUACUGCGAUAUUAUGCCCGAUCCAACUUCGGGCGAGGCCGAUGUCGAGGGUUACCCACGGGAAAGACUCGCUGCUUUGCUAGCGGAGAUGCGGUCUCGGUUCCCCAAUAGCCGACUUUGGCUGCUCGAAGAAUCGCGGAUGCUAGGUGCAAAUAAGAAUUUGGACGGUGCUUUGGAACUGCUGUGUACGGAUAACAAGAGCCCACUUAAGCAGGUCGAGGCGCUAUGUGUAUUCGAGAAAAGCUUGAACGCACUGUUCCUCCACCGAUACCAAGUCUGCUGCGAAGCAUUCAUUGAGUGCGUGGAUCUCAACUCGUGGUCCCGGUCGCUGUACUACUACAUCGCCGGAUCCUGCCAUGUUGUCCUGUACCGGCAAUGCCUUAAGGACACCAAGCUGGAAAAGUUUGCAGCAGAGCAUGCCAAGAAAGCCGCCUUGUACAUCCGGAAGGCCCCCGAAUUUGCCGGCAAAAAGCGCUUCAUGGCCCGGCAACUGCCAUUUGAUGUGUUUGUGUCUCGGAAAGUGGCAAAAUGGGAGGCGCGCGCCAAAGCGUGGAAUGUGCCUCUGGUGGAUGCAAUUGGUGUGGACCCCAUUGAAGAGAUGAUCUUCUUCUGGAACGGGCACAGUCGCAUGACCAACGAGCAGCUGGAGGAGUCCCUGAGCCGACUGGCAUGGUGCGAAAGCGAGGCCAACCAGACGUGGUCUCGCGAAGGAAUCGAAGAAAAAGCCAUCUUGGAGCUUCUUCGUGCUGCCGUUUUGCGAUCCCUUGGCAGAUAUGAAGAGGCGAAGAACACAUUGCAGACUCGCGUCCUGAGCCAUGACAAGUCUGUCUUCAAGGGACACCUGAAGGAUGACUGGGUCCAUCCAGUUGCCCAUUUUGAGAUGGCAGCCAACUUCUGGAUGGAGCGACCUACAUUCCAGGUACUACAUGGCACCGCUUCUUCUCCCAAGACAUCGGAUGAUGUUUCCACCGGGUCUGGAGAGUUGAGCACCGAGGCCGAGAGAAAGCAGGUACGCCAGUGCAAGGAGUACCUUGACCAUGCUGCUCGCUGGGAGAGCUAUGAGCUCGAUGCUCGUAUUGGUCUGAAGGUUACAGCCGCGAUGGAAGCGGUACACAAGUGGGAGAGUACGCAUCCAACAGCGUAA